AUGGCUACGCUGAACGAGCAACUUGCGACAUUAAUCGAGAACUUCUCACCCUGCGAUGUAUCAGAUGCCCUCAUCAAGUUGCAAAAGACGCCCGAGGGCAGCACAGCAAGAGCAGGCUACCUUGCAGAUCUAGGUAAGCCAUCAAUACAAAUCCCACCAAAGCCUUCCAUCUAUAUCUUCAAUAAUUCCACUCACAUGCAUCCAACAGUACCAUUUUCCCCCACCACAGGACGGAAUGAAACAAUGCCCAAGAUUGCGGCUCCGGCGACAACAUUCAAAUUCCUAGCCAAAGAUGCCAGCCCACCAUCUAUUGCGACAGAAAAUCCCCAGAAACACGGUUUCUCGCCGGGUAAGCACUGGGUAGAUCAUGUCGGCGAAUUUCAAGCGUCAGAUCCUUCUGGCGCUGGGUCUAUCGUCGUCAUUGAGCAGCCUGAGAACCAGUAUUGUGCUGUGACGGGCGGGAUCAUGGCGACCCGCAUGAAAGCCCUCGGGACCAAAGCCACGGUUGUGGGUGGCCGCGUCAGGGACUUGAAAGAAUUGAAAGCUACUGGGCUUCCGGUUUGUCUUGGUUUAUCAUAA